AUGCAAUCUGCUUGUUGUACCUGUCUUGCUGAACUUUCAUAUGAUUAUACAAAUGGACAAACAAUAAUUGAACGAAAUGGUAUUUAUAUUUUAGCAAUGCUUCUCUUUCCUGAAAAUGAAGAUUUUCUUCGAUUAGAAAGAUUCAAUCAUUUACAACGUACUGUUUUUAAAACAUUAAGAUUUUUAUUUUCAUUAAAUAAAAAACAUGAUCAAUAUCAAUAUAAACGAUUAUUUCCAGUACAAAUAUUUGAAUUAUUUGUUGGUAUUGGCAAUUUUCGAAGUGAUCCUAAUGCAUAUAAAGAAAUAACUAAUGCUUGGAAUUCAAUUCAUAUUGAUGAAUUAAUAAAAAUAAAAGUUGAACGUCUUCAAUCCAUUAAUCCUAAACAAGAGCCAACACGAUUUAUUCGAGAUUAUGGAGUUUAUGAAUGUCUUGGGUCAGGCGCAUUUGGAUCUGUUUAUCGAGUAGCUCAACGAGGUUCAACGACAAUGUAUGCACUCAAAGAGAUCGAUAAUCGUUCAUUAGGAAUCGAUACAGAUCGAAGUUUAGGUAAAAUGAUAAAUGAAGUGAAUAUAAUUCGUGAAGAACUUCGUCAUCCAAAUAUUGUUAGUUAUUAUCAAAUAUUUGCUGAAAAUGAUAAAUUAUAUAUCAAAAUGGAAUUAAUUGCUGGUUCAUCAUUACAAGAUCAUUUAUCAUUAAUUAAAGAUACAAAUCAAAAAAUGUCUGAAGAUAAUAUAUGGCGAGUUUUGAUUCAACUUAUACUUGCAUUAAGAUAUUUACAUAAAGAAAAAGGAAUUGUUCAUCGAGAUUUAACAGCCAAUAAUAUUAUGUUAGAUGAUGAAUAUAGAGUUAAAAUUAGUAAGUAUUAUAUAUCUAUCUUAGAUAAUAAAGUUUAUCUAGAAAAUUUGAAUAGAAGUUGA